AUGGGUAACAACAGCCCUUCAGAAGUCUCACCAGAAGACAUCGACUAUAACAACCCACCCUUCCCCCUCACAAAAAUCGACCGCGAAAUCCUAGCAACCCGAGAUGAAGACUACCACCGCAUUACCUGGUCGGAUCUCAAAUCCAUAAUAGCAAACCAUACUCUCGAAGACCUGAAACGAUUGCCCUCCGAUCUCCGUCGCUACCUCGCAUGGUCCCAUAGUAUCAAAAAGCAAUAUGGUGGGAUAACGCCGUUUGUGAUCCAAGAGCGGUUGCAUUGGACUCCUACUUCUCGGCCAGGAGAACCACCGCUCUUCGAACAUGUCUCUGACGUACCCUUCGAGGAGAGGAUUGAUUAUGCUGUUCUUCUGAAUGAUUGGCCGUACGGGUUUGAACCCGGGAUUGCGCACAUCGUCGUUUGGAGUAAAACGCCCAUCAGAACGGAUGAUACACUCGGCGAUGUGACGGAGGAAAGUAGACGCCUUAUAGAGGAGUUUGUGGAAAGGUAUUUUGUGCGAGAGUUGGACAAUGGUGGGAGGGAGAGGGUAUUGUGGUUCAAGAAUUGGGUUAGUUUGCAGAGUGUGAGGGGGGUGGAUCAUGUGCACGUUUUAGUGAAAGAUGCGCCGGAGGAGUUACUGAAGAAGUGGACCAAGAGGAAUGAUCCGUGA